UGGUUUUCUAAAUCAACAUGCAGCCUACAGAGAUCCUUGUUUCUGAGUUUGACACCACUGAUCUAGCCCUCUUAAUUCGAUUCUAUACUGUAUGAGAAUCAGGUGAAGGAAGUGGGAAUGUUUAGAAUGGAAAAAAAAGAUGAUGCAGUAAAUCCAUGACAACUGUUCUAAAAUAUGUGAAGGGGCUCUUAAGUCUAAGAGAGAUUAGAUUUUAUCUCUUUCCCAUCAGAAAACAACCACACACAGUAGGUGAAGUGAUAGAGAGGCAAAUGACAUAAAACGAUUAGAGCCAUCCAUAAGAGAGAUAAGUCAGACUCAAGAGGUAAUGAGUUUCUCCUCACUAGAAGUCUAAAAGCAAAGACAGGAAGAACACUGGUAGUGGAUGUUGCAGAUUCUCCAACUAAGGUUUCAACCUCUUGGAGAGUGGAGGUCUGUGGACACCUCAGUAAUGCUGCCUGGAAGUCAGUAAGGAAAGAUAAAGGCUAAAUCCUUUCUCCCCUCAAGCCUGUAGAGGGAGCUAGAAAAAAAAAAAAAACAAAAACAAAAACAAAAAACAAGCUUGCUUUUCGAAAAGCAAAGCUCCUUCCCCACCUCAGCGGCCUUAACGUCUCCCAGACAACGGCGCCUCCGACGCCCCGCCCCAUUUGCAAACUGCCGUUAUCCUCUCGGCCCCCAAAGAUUCCGGGGCCACCGCGACCCCUUUUUCUGAGGAUGAGAGGUGGGAUGCCGCGCUCCCUCUUUACUGCACUCCACCCCGCGAAGACAUUUAGCAAGUAGAAGGAGCGGAUAGAAAAUAACAAUUAGCAGCCCUUCCUUAGACCCAAGCAAAGCUUCCGGGAAGUGGGGCGAGAGACCUUUAGCAAAAAGUCGCGAGAAAAGAGGCGGGCUACUUCGACCUUUCGUCUGGGAUUGGCUUAUCCCUUCCUCCAGCGGGGUGACGUAUUAGAGGGCGAGCGCACAGAACGGGCGGAGGAGGUUCCGGAGGAGUUUUUUUUUUCCCGGAAGUGACUGUACUAGGGUCCCGUGGUCGCUGCGUGACGCGAGGUGGGCACCGUAGAGACUUUGGGAGGACUCCCCGGCGUGAGUUGCCCAUCAGGAGCUAGGAACAGCUGUGACCCCGCGGGCGUGAUUCUCCGCAGGCUGCAGAAUGCCUCAUAAGAAGAAGAAGCCUUUUAUAGACAAAAAGAAAGCUGUAUCUUUUCAUCUUGUACACCGAAGCCAGAGGGAUCCCUUAGCAGCAGAUGACACUGCACCUCAAAGAGUUCUAUUACCUGCACAGAAAAGAGAAGAUGAGGAGAGGAGAGCCGAACAAAGGAAAUAUGGAGUCUUCUUUGAUGAUGACUAUGACUACCUGCAACAUCUUAAGGAGCCAUCUGGGCCCUCUGAGCUGAUUCCCUCAGGCUCUCGGAGUGAUGCACAAGAACAAACAUUACUGAUUCCAACUCCUGUAAUUAAGUUGCCUUCAUCAGUAUUUGCAUCAGAGUUUGAAGAAGAUGUAGGACUGUUAAAUAAAGCAGCUCCUGUAUCAGGUCCUAGAUUGGAUUUUGACCCUGACAUUGUUGCAGCUCUGGAUGAUGAUUUUGACUUUGAUAAUCCAGAUAAUCUUCUUGAAGAUGAUUUCAUUUUACAGGCCAAUGAGCCAACAGGAGAGGAUGAACAGAUGGACAUGGAUUUUAGGAGACAUGAAAUUGAAGAUGACAAUGACUGGGAAGAUGUGGAUGAUGAGACGGAGAAUGGUAGUGUUGAAGAUGAUUAUGACUCUGAGGGUCCUUUGUCAGAUGACUUAUCUGUGCAAGGAAGAGAUCAAAGGGACUUGUUUUUGGAAGAAGAAACUAAGAGUCGAUUCACAGACUAUUCUAUUACAUCCUCUGUCAUGAGGCGGAAUGAACAACUGACUUUGUUAGAUGAAAGGUUUGAGAAGUUCUUUGAGCAGUUUGAUGAUGAUGAGAUUGGAGCAUUGGAUAAUGCAGAAUUGGAAGGUUUUAUUCAUGCAGAUAGCAACCGGUUACAGGAGGUUCUGAAUGAUUAUUACAAAGAGAAAGCUAAGAACUGUGUCAAAUUGGAUACUCUUGAACCUCUUGAAGAUGAGAACUUACUCAUUAAUGAAGAGGAUGAGAAUGAAGAAGAAAUUGUUACUGUAGUUAUUGAAGAACCCAAAGAGAAAUGGGAUUGUGAAUCUAUUUGUAGUACAUACUCAAAUUUAUACAACCAUCCUCAGCUUAUCAAGUGCCCACCUAAGCCCAAACACAUCCAAAUCUCCUCUAAAACAGGAAUACCUCUAAAUGUCUUACCUCAGAAAGGACCUACAGCAAAACAAGUUGAACGAAUGCAGAUGAUUAAUGACAGCGAUCUGCCCAGGGUAUCAGUCCAGCCACGUGGUAAAAAUGAAUCCAAAGAAGACAGAAAAGCAAGGAAACAAGCUAUAAAAGAAGAGCGUAAGGAACGCAGAAUGGAGAAGAAAGCCAAUAGAUUAGCCUUCAAAUUGGAAAAAAGAAGACAAGAAAGAGAGUUGCUCAACUUGAAACAAAAUGUUGCUGGUCUGAAGCUCUGAUAAUGGAACAUUGAGACUGACCCUUUGGGCUUCUUUUGUGGACUCUUUGCAGAGUAUUCCUUUUUAGACUGAAAUGUGGAGAAACAAAACUGACUCUCCUGCCAGUUCACAGGAACAUGUACAGGGAAAAGCGAGUGUGGAUUAUUUCAUACCAACACUUUUCAUAAAUAAACAUCUUUUUGCAAAUAUUAAA